GGCACACGGCACCGCGUGAAUACGAGUCCAUCCUCCGGUUGAACUUUUUCCUCCACAUUCAGUAAUCUGACACCGACACUAACCCCAAAAAGCAGAGGAUGGAUUCCCAACUUCAUUCGCAAAAAUAGCUCAGCCAGAGCAGUCGAGAAAACACGUCCGAGCUGGGGGCGAACAUCCGAACGCGUGUGUUUGCGUGCAUCGGUCUGUGAAGUGACUUCACUUAGUUUUGGUUUAAAUGUUGACUAAAAAGUUGUUAUCUAAAGAGGCGGAUGGGUGACGACCAUUCUCGGCGCUUCCAUGUGAGGAGACGAUGAAGAAUUACAGCAGCAGUCCCCGUCUAAACAAUCACAGCGCGAGUCACAGUACGGAUCGGAACAGCAGGAAGGGAUUCUGGUUAUCGGCUCUCGGGCUUCGCUUCUCCCUGCGCGAUUAUGGUUUUUGCAUGGCCACACUGCUGCUCUUCUGUCUCGGCUCACUGUUUUACCAGCUGAACGGAGGACCCCCUAAAGUUCUGCUGGAGAUCAGGCAGUAUCUCGGAGAAUCCACUUUUGUUGACGACCACGGGCCUCCUACACCGAGGGAACUGCCAUUCCCAAGUCAGGUGAUCUACAACAGGGUUGGCAAGUGUGGAAGUCGGACAGUCGUCCUGCUGCUGAGGAUUCUGGCAGAAAAGCACCAGUUUAACCUGGUGUCCUCUGACAUCCAUAACAAAACCAGACUCACAAAGCAUGAGCAGGUGGAUUUGAUGAGAAACAUUAGCACUAUUCCACAGCCUUUUUUGUACACCAGGCAUGUUCACUUUCUCAAUUUCACAAGAUUUAGGAUAGAACAGCCUGUCUACAUAAACAUCAUCAGGGAUCCCAUUAACCGUUUCCUCUCCAAUUACUUUUUUCGUCGUUUUGGGGACUGGAGAGGAGAGCAGAAUCACUUGAUCCGCACACCCCAGAUGAAAGAUGAUGAGAGAUAUCUGGACAUUAAUGUUUGCAUCAUGGAGAACUACCCAGAGUGCUCUAACCCACGUCUCUUCUACAUCGUUCCAUACUUUUGUGGACAACACCCUCAGUGCAGGGAGCCAGGUGUUUGGGCUGUGGAAAGGGCCAAACAAAAUGUUAUAGAGAACUUCCUUCUCGUGGGAAUUUUGGAAGAGCUGGAGGACGUAUUGCUUCUGCUGGAGAGACUCCUACCUCACUACUUCAGCGAUGUGGUAACCAUCUACAAGAGUCCAGCAUUCUGGAAGAUGGGGAACCUUACAGGCACAGUAAAGAAGCACAUGCCCACAAUAGAGGCCCUACAGGUGCUUUACCAAAGGAUGAAGUAUGAAUAUGACUUUUACAACUUCAUUCGUGACCAGUUCCAUCUCACCAAGAAGAAGAUCGGCCUCAAGUCCGCCUCUCAGAACUCUGUUCAUGAACCUGACUUUCUCCGUGAGCUUGCCCUCAGGACCCAUGAGCCUUUGGAGGAGGAGGAGGAAGAGGAGGAAGAAGAGGAUGUGGGGCAAGAAGAUUCCAACAUCUGGUUGGUUCAGCAGUAACUGCCAUGGAGGUGUAAGCAUGGCAAAUAUCUCAUAAGCUUGAUGUCUAUGUCCGGUCAGGAGGUAGAGUCAACAUUCCCAGGUUAAAAUUGGGUGUUCAAGCCCUGUUUUUAACGGGACGGCCCUUCAAGACACUCUCAAGAGGAGCACAGAAGGGUCUGAAUAAUUAUUUAAGGAACCAACAAUAGUGGCAAAAUGAUUUCGUUCAUGUUUAUGAAAUUUGAGUUGGUUAUAGUCGUUUCCUGGUGAGAUGAUACAAGAUUGGAAUUACAGGGAUAUUGUUGGAUUGUCAGAAUGGAGGGGUGAAAUAAUUGUGGUAUUGUAGAAUGAGAUGCUGUGGAAGUCUGAUUUUUAGGCACUACUUCUGUGCACUUGGAACCUGAGUGAUCUCAGACUCACAAAUCAACACACACAUGAACACAUUCAGACUACGCUAUGGAGGCGAGUGAGGAUCACAACAAAGUGCCAAACCUUCAAAGUGCCAAGGAUUACUGCAUCAAGCCUAGAAGCUGUAGAUGUAAUCACCGUAAACAACUCAGAAACACCAGUCAGAUCUCAUCAUCACUCGCUUCCUCCUCUGGUUCCAGAAACCUGCUGCAACUCUGUGCCAGAAUUUCAAUGCUAAUCUUUUUUGAAAGGAUCUUUGUAUAUUGUACACGUAAGGUGUUGUACAAUGAAUUGAACACUUGCAGCACACUGUUCAUCUGAAACGUUUGAUGUGGAUGUUAAACAUUUCCUUGCCUUUUCAGUGUGUUCAGUCAUUGCAUAAAACUGGGCCCUUAAGUUCCUAUUUGGUACACAGUGUGGCUAAGAACAGUAAUAGUUCACAUGAAAAUGUAAACUGUAAUGAUGUUUUUAGCAGCAAUACAGUUUGAUCCCAUCCUGGAUUGCCUAACUGUGUGUAAUAUAAAGCUACUGGGAUAUCAAACAAUACCCUGCUAGUUAGAGCUAAGCUAUUCAAAGUUCACAAGUGGUUAACUGUGACAAGAGUACAACUAAUUAUUUUGGAGGUAAAAAGAUACUCAUGAUAAAUCAAGCUGUCAGACAGCAUAUGAGAAAAACAGGACAAAAAAAAAAAGAACGAAUGUGAAAACAAGAGUUUGUACAUUUCAUUUUUCUAAAUCCUUAACAUGCUGCUCCACAGAUCAACACCCAUCCAUAGGGUUCCUGUAGUGUGUUUUAACUGAAGAACGGUCCUCUUGCAUUCAUUACAGGUCAGUCUGGUGGGACAUUUUUGUUGAACAAUCCUGGUAAAGUGAAAUGAAUGAUUAAUACAUAAGUAGAUGCUAUAGCUACAAGCUCUCACAGAAUUUAACACUUCCCAUUUAAACUUGCCAGUUAAGUAUAUAGGUGUAUGUACUUGUUUUUGUGUUCAAUGUGGAUUUUUAUAUUGUUUAAUUUAUUGUACAGUAUUACUUUUGAUGAUUGCAUUCCAUGUACGAAUCUCAGGAAAAAAAGAGCAGAUAUAUUUUUUGUUUUUUUGGCAUCUAACAGCUGGCAAA